AUGGAAAAAGUUAUUAGAGAGAUUGGAGGUUCUAGAGGCGUAGGCCUUAAGUUUAAAGACGAAGAUGGAUACACGUACUGGAAAAAUCGCCAAUGUCGAUUGCACUUUACAGUUCGUUGUGCAUCCUGGAGAGCUGGUUGUCGUGCAAAAGGCAGAGUGUUAAACAAUGACAAAACUAAGGUUAUUCUUAUUAUAUGCCAUGAGACACAUCCUGAGGAUCAAUUGGCACUGCAUAAUUUCAAAAAAAUCUGUAACCAACGGGCACAGACUGAAAAUAUACCUCUUCGGGUCAUUUACAAUGAAACAUGCACUUCAGCAGAAUUUAUAAAUGUUCACGUUGGUGCAUUUGUGUCACAUCGAAGGACGAUGCGGAGGCAUAGACGUCAGACCCAGCCAGUAAGUCCUAGGUCGAUGACUGAGUUCCAUGGUCAACUCAGUGGAGAUUAUACACACUUGACUAAACUUGAUAAUGCAACUUUGUAUAAUGGCCUAAUCGGUAACACGCCACAGGAAGGAGUUAUUUUACUAUUUAUUUUACCUGAAGUCAUAAACAUACUUAGAACGGGUACGACAUUUUUGUUUGAUGGCACAUUUGCAAGUGCACCAUCAUUUGGAAAUGAGUGCCAACAGUUGUAUGUAAUAAUGGGCAUAACAUUUAACACUGGGUUUCCAAUUGGGUUUGCAUUAAUGUCAAGGAAAACAGAAUGUGCAUACUCAGCACUGUUCAACAAAAUCCUGACUUUAGUGCCGGAAUGGAAACCACAAACCAUUAUCAUUGAUUUUGAAAGGGCAGCAAUAGCGUCCAUUAAAUCAAUAUUUCCUAACACAGUAAUACGAGGUUGUUGGUUUCAUUCUUCGCAAGCUGUAUGGAGAAAAGUUGGAAAUAUUGGUAAGCUAUUAUAUUCACUGUAUUUAUCUGAUGAGUAUUCAAGUAUCAGAGUAUUGAGUAUUCGGAUGAGUACUCAGAAGUUAUAA